AUGCACCGCGCUGCCUCCAACCAGCGCUCGGUCUCCUCCUCCUCGGGCUCCUUCCAGCCGCCGCCGCCGCCGCCGCCGCCGCCGCUGCCGCACGCCGCCGACCGGCAGCCCCUCUUCCCGGGGGGCUCCAGCAGCGGCGGCAGCCGGCGGGGCUCGGGGUCGAGCUCGGGCUCGGCGCGGGCCCGCCGCCCCCGCAGCCGCCGCAGCAGCACCGAGGAGGAGGAGGAGGAAGAGGAGGAGGACAGCAUCAGCAUCAGGGCGCUGCUGGGGACCGGCGGGGCGGCGGGCGGGCGGCGCUGGGGCUUCCAGGCGCUGUCCCUGGUGCUGCUGCUGGGGCAGGGCGCGCUGCUGGACCUCUACCUGAUCGCCGUCACCGACCUGUACUGGUGCAGCUGGAUCGCCACCGACCUGGUGCUGGCGGCCGGCUGGGGCAUCUUCUUCUGCCGCAACAGCCGGGCGCGCCGCCGGGAGCGGCCCCCGCCGCCCCCCGGGCCGCCGCCGCCGCACCCGCUGCUGCUGCACGGCCCCCCCGGCGGCCGCGGGGCCGGGGGCCGCGGGGCCGGGGGUCCCCCCCGCGGCGGCGACUUCGCCUACGCGCACCUCGCCUGGCUCAUCUACUCCAUCGCCUUCACGCCCAAGGCGGCGCUGAUCCUGGGCACCUCCAUCCUGGAGCUGAUCGAGCUGCGCCUGCCGCUGGGCACCACCGGCUUCCGCAUCACCCUGGCGCUCUCUGCCCCGCUGCUAUACUGCCUGCUGCGGGCCAUCGGCACCGAGGGCGCCGGGCAGCUGCUCCUGCCGCCGCAGCCGCCGCCGCAGCACCGCGCCGCCGCCGCCUUCCUCGCCACCUGCCUCGACCUGCUCGACAGCUUCUCCUUGCUGGAGCUGGUGCUGCAGCCCGGGCGGCCGGCGCCGCUGCCCGCCCCGCUGCGCUACCUCCUCAUCGCCGUCUACUUCCUCUGCCUGGCCUCGCCGGUGCUGUGGCUCUACGAGCUCAGCGCCGCCCGCCCCCCCGGCGCCGCCCGCCUCGCCCUGCACCUCCUGCUGCCCGCCGGGCUGCUGGACGCCCCGCUCCUGGCGCUCCGCUGCCUCCUGCUCCUGCGCUACCAGCAGCCGCUCUCCCUCUUCAUGCUGAAGAACCUCUUCUUCCUGGCCUGCCGCGGCCUGGAGGCGCUGGAGACCUGCUGCCUCCUCCGCCCCGCCGCCGCCCCGCCGCCCGCCAAAUACGGCCCCGCCGCCGCCGCACCCGCCGCCACCGCCCCGCUGGCCCACGGGCUCUCCGAUGCCGACGUGGGCCCCCACGGGUACGUGAACGCCUUGGCGGUCACCGCCCAGGGCUGA